AAAGGAUGGAGAGCGAGAAAAACACACACACACAGAGUAGAGACACCUAACGGAGUAGGAGAGAGAACAGUGUGUGUGUGUGUGUGUGUGUGUGUGUGUUUAUCUCCUGUGUGAAGGAUUUAAUCUCCUGCAGACUGUAAACAAGGCUGAAACACUGAAAGGUCCAGAGUGGAGUCAGGAGCAGAGAGACGCCGAGGUACGAUGGCUUUCUCCACUCAGCUGGGUUUGCUGCUGUGGAAGAACUUCACCUACCGACGGAGACAGACCAUCCAGCUGCUGGUCGAGAUCAUCUGGCCUCUCUUCAUCUUCUUCAUUCUGAUAUCUGUGCGACUCCACUAUCCUCCGUAUGAGCAGCAUGAAUGCCACUUUCCUAACAAGGCCAUGCCAUCAGCGGGCACUCUGCCCUGGGUUCAGGGAAUCAUCUGCAAUGCCAACAACCCCUGUUUCCGCUACCCCACUCCUGGAGAGGCCUCUGGUGCGGUGGGCAACUUUAACAACUCCAUAAUCUCUCGGCUUCUCACCGACACCAAGAAAAUCCUCCUGUACAGCCAACACGAUAAGAGUUUAGAAGGCUACAAAGGACUCGUUCGAUCUCUGAGGAAUCUACAGAACAACGCUGCAGGAUUUAAGUUGAAGGACUUUCUCCGUGAUAACGAGACUCUGUCUGAGUUCCUGGAGCAGAACGCGACGCUGAGCAAUCACGCUGUGCAGCAGAUAGUGGAAGCAAACGUCAACCUGGAAAAAGUGCUGAUUAAAGGGUUCGGAGUGCAUCUGAGAGAUCUGUGUAACACCACCUCACUGGAGGAGUUUGUGAACAUCGCCGAUCGCAACGUCUCAGAGAUGACGCAGAAAAUCAUCUGUCAGGCGCCUGCUGAUUGGCUGGACAGCGCGGAGAGCCACUUCCUGUCCAACCUUGACUUCCUGAAACCUAUACGGAAGGACGUCAGAUCCAACCCUAAAGUGGUCCAGGACGUGUCUCUGGCCACAGAUACCCUUCUGGAGAGUCUGGGAUCUUUGGCUGUUGAGCUGGUGAGCAUGAAGAGUUGGCGUGACAUGCGGGACGAGAUGCAGUUCCUGACUGGGAACGCCACACACUCACCCAAUCACGUGUACCAAGCCGUGUCCCGCAUCGUGUGUGGACACCCAGAGGGCGGGGGCAUGAAGAUCAAAUCCCUCAACUGGUAUGAAGAUAACAACUACAAGGCCCUGUUCGGUAACCAUAACGACGGCGACGGCGAGCCCGUAUCUGCCUACGACAACACAUCUACUCCAUACUGUAACAACAUGAUGAAGAAUCUGGAGUCGAGUCCCAUCUCACGCAUGAUCUGGAGAGCGCUGAAGCCUCUGCUCAUGGGAAAGAUCUUAUACACACCUGAUACACCUGCAACUCGCAGGAUCAUCCACGAGGUGAAUAAAACGUUCCAGGAGCUGGGAGUGCUGCGGGAUUUAGGAGGAAUGUGGGAGGAGAUGAGGGUGAAAGUCUGGGACUUCAUGGAGAACAGUGAGGAAAUGGAUCUUGUGCGAACUCUGCUCCAGAAUAACGCCAGCGCUCAGUUCUUUAACGACAGGCUGAAAGGAACGGACUGGCGAGUGGAGGACAUUUCACAGUUCUUGUCUAAAGCCUCUGAGGACACACGGCCGCUGGGUACAGCGUACACGUGGAGAGACGUGUUUAAUGAGACAGACCAGGCCAUUCUCACCAUCUCACGUUUCAUGGAGUGUGUGAACUUGGACAAGUUGGAGCCGGUGUCUACUGAGGAACGUCUGGUGAACAAAUCCGUGCGGCUGUUGGACAGUCGCAAGUUCUGGGCCGGGAUCGUGUUCCCGGACAUGCAAGCCGACUCGUCCGAGCUUCCUCCUAAUGUCAACUACAAGAUUCGCAUGGACAUUGACAAUGUGGAGCGUACCAACAAGAUCAAGGAUGGGUAUUGGGACCCUGGUCCUCGUGCUGACCCAUUUGAGGAUCUGCGCUACGUCUGGGGAGGAUUUUCAUAUCUGCAGGACAUUAUCGAACACGGGAUUAUUCGGGCUCUGACAGGCAGCAAGGAAAAAACUGGAGUCUACCUGCAGCAGAUGCCGUACCCAUGUUACGUAGAUGAUAUUUUCUUGCGUGUGAUGAGUCGCUCGAUGCCGCUCUUCAUGACGCUGGCCUGGAUGUACUCAGUGGCCAUCAUUAUUAAAGGCAUUGUGUAUGAAAAAGAGGCACGUCUGAAGGAGACCAUGAGGAUUAUGGGAUUGGAUAACGGGAUCCUGUGGCUCAGCUGGUUCAUUAGCAGCCUGAUCCCACUGCUCAUCAGCGCCGCCCUGCUGGUCCUCAUUCUGAAGAUGGGAAACCUGCUGCCCUACAGUGACCCGGGCGUGGUCUAUCUCUUCCUGGUCUCCUUUGCCGUCGUCACCAUCAUGCAGUGUUUCCUGAUCAGCACGCUGUUCUCUCGCGCCAACCUUGCAGCUGCCUGUGGGGGCAUCAUCUACUUCACCCUGUACCUGCCCUACGUCCUGUGCGUGGCCUGGCAGGACUACAUUGGCUUCGGGGCUAAAGUGGUCGUGAGCCUGUUGUCUCCGGUGGCGUUCGGCUUCGGCUGUGAAUACUUUGCACUGUUUGAGGAGCAGGGAACUGGCAUUCAGUGGGACAACCUACUGUCCAGCCCCAUGCAGGAGGACAACUACAGCCUCACCACCUCCAUCUCCCUCAUGCUGAUUGAUGCUGUACUGUACGGCAUCCUGACAUGGUACAUUGAGGCUGUCUUCCCAGGUCAAUACGGCAUUCCCAGGCCGUGGUAUUUUCCCCUCACCAAGUCUUACUGGUGUGGAGAAACACAUGGAUGGACGACAGCUUCCACCACCAACAAGAAAGAAAAUUCAGAAGCCGUGUGCAUUGAAGAGGUACCAGCUGAUCUGGAACCUGGGGUCUACAUCGAGAACCUGGUGAAGGUGUACAGACAUGGCAACAAACUGGCAGUAGAUGACCUCACUCUGGGCUUCUAUGAGGGUCAGAUCACAUCCUUCCUGGGCCACAAUGGAGCAGGAAAGACCACCACCAUGUCCAUUUUGACUGGCCUGUUUCCUCCCACAUCUGGCACUGCUUACAUCAUGGGCAAAGACAUCCGUACAGACCUAAGCGCCAUCCGUCAGAACCUGGGAGUGUGUCCACAGCACAAUGUCCUGUUCAGCAUGUUGACAGUAGAGGAGCACAUCUGGUUCUACGCUCGAAUGAAGGGCCUGUCAGAGGAGAAGGUGAGGUUUGAGAUGGAUCAGAUCGUCACAGAUUUAGGCCUCCCUCACAAACGCAAAGCUCGUACUAGUCAGCUUUCAGGAGGGAUGCAAAGGAAGCUCUCUGUUGCUUUGGCAUUUGUCGGAGGUUCGAAGGUUGUGAUCCUGGAUGAACCCACAGCAGGGGUCGAUCCGUACGCUCGCAGGGGCAUCUGGGACCUGCUGCUCAAGUAUCGUCCAGGUCGAACCAUCAUCCUCUCCACUCACCACAUGGACGAGGCUGACAUCCUGGGUGACCGCAUAGCCAUCAUCUCUCAUGGGAAGCUGUGUUGUGUGGGAUCCUCCCUGUUCCUGAAGACGCAGCUGGGCACUGGAUACUACCUAACACUAGUCAAGAGGGACUUAGACCUGUCUCUGAGCUCAUGUCACAACUCCAGCAGCACCGUGUCCUAUUCCAAGAACAGUCUCAAGAAGGAUGACAGCGUUUCUGACAGCAGCUCUGACGCAGGCCUCGGAAGUGACCACGAAAGUGAGACCACCACCAUCGACAUCUCCCUGAUCUCCAACGUCAUCUUCAAGCAUGUUCCUUCAGCCAGACUGGUGGAGGAUCUGGGCCAUGAGAUCACCUAUGUGCUGCCUUAUGAAGCAGCGAAGGAUGGCGCCUUCGUGGAACUCUUCCAUGAGAUUGACGAUCGCCUCGUCGACCUCGGGAUCUCCAGCUACGGGAUUUCAGACACCACGCUUGAGGAGAUCUUUCUCAAAGUUGCAGAUGAUAACGGAGUUGAUGCUAUAACUUCAGAUGGCACUAUUCUUCCAAUAAGGCAUCGUCGGCAUGCGUUUGGAGACCAUCAGAGCUGUCUGAAGCCCUUCACCGAGGAUGACAGCAUCGACUGCACCGAUUCGGAUGGUGACCCAGAAUCCCGUGAGACAGAUUGGUUAGGAGUCUCUGAUGGAAAAGGCUCACACCAGGUCAAAGGUUGGGGUCUGAAGAGGCAGCAGUUUGUGGCGUUACUCUGGAAACGUUUCCUUUAUGCCAAACGCUCUCGGAAAGGAUUCUUAGCUCAGAUUGUCCUUCCAGCUGUGUUCGUCUGCAUUGCCCUUGUAUUCAGUCUAAUUGUACCACCUUUUGGAAAGUACCCAAGCCUGGAGCUGGAGCCCAGCAUGUAUGAGGAGCAGUACACCUUCAUCAGUAACGAUGGGCCAGACGACGUGCACACUAACAAGCUACUUGGAGUGUUAUCAGACAGACCGGCCAGCAGAGGGCAGUGUGCAGACGAUGGGACCUCUGGGUCGUGUCAAACAAGACAAAGCGACUGGACUGUUCCUGAGAUUCCCAAGACCAUAUCAGACAUGUUCGAGAGCAGAAACUGGAGCAUGGAAAACCCAUCACCUCUCUGUGAGUGCAGCUGUACUGAGAAGAAGAAGAUGCUGCCUGAUUGUCCACCAGGAGCAGGAGGUCUGCCUCCACCUCAGAUCAAAGUCAGCAGCACAAACACACUGCAGAACCUCACUGGGAGGAACAUCUCCGACUACCUGGUGAAGACCUACGCACAGAUUGUGGGAAAGAGUUUGAAGAACAAACUCUGGGUGAACGAGUUCAGAUAUGGAGGAUUCUCAUUGGGUGCCAGAAGUUCACAAGACCUGCCUUCAGAUGAGAUCUCCAAGGUCAUCUCUCACAUGCGAACUCGCUUCAACUUGGAAAGAGGCACUGCAGCAGACAGGUUUCUGGGAGGGUUAUCGAGCUUCAUCCAUAGUCUGGACACCAAGAACAAUGUCAAGAUCUGGUUCAAUAAUAAAGGCUGGCACAGCAUCGCUGCUUUCCUCAACGUGAUGAACAACGGUAUCCUGCGUGCCAGCCUUCCUGCCAGGCUAAACCCUGCGAAAUUUGCUAUCAAAGCUUUUAACCACCCCCUGAACCUGACUAAAGAGCAGCUCUCUCAGGUGGCCUUGAUGACCACCUCAGUCGAUGUUCUGGUCUCCAUCUGCGUCAUCUUUGCCAUGUCCUUCGUCCCAGCUAGCUUUGUGGUCUUCCUCAUUCAGGAGAGAGUGAAUAAAGCCAAGCACAUGCAGUUCAUCAGUGGAGUUCAGCCUUUCCUGUACUGGCUUGCUAACUUUGUGUGGGAUAUGUGUAACUACAUCGUCCCUGCAACCCUCGUCAUCAUCAUCUUCGUCUGCUUCCAGCAGGAGGCCUAUGUCUCUUCCACCAACCUGCCUGUUCUUGCCCUGCUUUUACUCCUUUAUGGCUGGUCCAUAACUCCUCUGAUGUAUCCAGCGUCGUUCUUCUUUAAGAUCCCCAGCACGGCCUACGUGGUCCUGACCAGCGUCAACAUCCUCAUUGGAAUCAAUGGCAGUGUGUCCACCUUCGUCUUGGAGCUUUUUGGUGGCAACGAGAUUGGUGGCAUAAAUGACAUUUUGAAAAAUGUCUUCCUGAUCUUCCCUCACUUCUGCCUGGGACGUGGGCUGAUUGACAUGGUGAAGAACCAGGCCAUGGCUGAUGCUCUGGAGAGAUUUGGCGAGAAUCGGUUCCGUUCUCCUCUGGCGUGGGACAUGGUGGGUAAGAACCUCUUCGCCAUGGCAGUGGAAGGCGUGGUCUUCUUCUGCAUCACUGUGCUCAUACAGUAUCGCUUCUGCAUCAAGGCCAGAGACAUUAACGCACACCUGAAGCCGAUCAGUGAGGAAGACGAAGAUGUGGCCAGGGAGAGGCAAAGGAUUCUGGGUGGAGGUGGACAGAGUGAUAUCUUGGAGCUCAGACAGCUGACCAAGGUCUAUAAGAGGAAGCAGAAGCCCGCAGUGGACCGACUGUGUGUGGGAAUUCCACGUGGAGAGUGUUUUGGGUUGCUUGGUGUAAAUGGUGCUGGAAAAACCAGUACCUUCAAGAUGCUCACUGGGGAUUCGGUCAUCACGAGCGGAGAGGCUUAUUUAGCUGGCAAGAGCGUGCUGACGGAGAUCGAUGAGGUUCAUCAGAACAUGGGCUACUGCCCUCAGUUUGACGCUAUCAACGACCUGCUGACCGGCCGAGAGCACCUGGAGUUUUACGCCAUUCUACGUGGCGUCCCGGAGAAGGAAGUGUGUGAGGUGGCCGAAUGGGGGAUCCAUAAGCUGGGUCUGGUGAAGUACGCAGACAAAUCUGCAGGAAGCUACAGUGGAGGAAACAUGCGCAAGCUCUCCACAGCCAUGGCUCUGAUCGGAGGCCCACCCAUGGUGUUCCUGGACGAACCUACAACUGGUAUGGAUCCUAAAGCACGACGCGCUCUGUGGAACUGCAUCCUCAGCAUCAUCAAGGAGGGACGUUCUGUGGUUCUUACCUCACACAGUAUGGAGGAGUGUGAGGCUCUGUGCACUCGCAUGGCCAUCAUGGUCAAUGGCAGGUUUCGUUGCCUUGGCAGUGUUCAGCAUCUAAAGAACAGGUUCGGUGACGGCUACACCAUCAUCCUGCGCGUGGCAGGUUCGGAUCCUCGGCUGGAGCCGGUGAUGGAGCUUAUCGAGCACGAGCUACCAGGCAGCACGCUGAAGGAGAAACACAGGAACAUGCUGCAGUACCAGCUUCCAUCGUCACUGUCCUCGCUCGCUCGGAUCUUCAGCAUCCUGUAUAAGAACAAAGAUCAGCUUCACAUCGAAGACUACUCCGUCUCACAGACCACGUUAGACCAAGUAUUUGUCAAUUUCGCCAAGGACCAAAGUGACGAGGACCACAUCAAAGACCUUCUCCUAAACAAGAGCGAUGCCGUGGUGGACUUCACGCAGCUGGACGCGUUCCUCGUGAGCGCCAAAGCGCAGGAGACAGUGGUGUGAUCCACCAGAACCUACGACAGUGGACAAAGGUUCUGAGAUCCACUUUUAAAGACUCUGCUUUGAUUUUUAAUAUUUUGUAGUACUUUUUUUUAUGAUUUCAGUGGUGUGUGUGUGUGUGCACCCAGAACUGGGCUCUGGAUCUCAGACACAUUACUGAAACAGAACUCAAUGCAAAUCAAUGCAAAGACAAAAAUCCACUGCGAUGUAGACGAGCUCGAGCCUGGUGCCGCUUCUCCACAUCACAGAGCUAAUGUGUGUGAAAAGACUUGAAGCUUGAAUAGUAUUUUUACAGACGUUCUUUCUAGGGUUCUUCACAGUUCCACUCAGACACUGCCAGUCAGACGUACGAUUCAGGGUCGAUCUUCAUCUCUCUUUCCAGCUCGGGUCGGAGUCGGCGCUCUCGGCAGUUUGGGAUUUCACAUUCUGCAUCAGUUCUGAUCUCCUCGUGAUAUUUCAUUCGAUUUUGUAGUCCAGCUGUAACAGGAAGUUAACACACGAGCUUCUGGAGCACAGAGAACAUCUGAUGUGAUGUGUGUAGGUGUUGCAUGCAUUACAAACGAGCUGCACAGAGAACCGAUGUUCUCUAUAGCAUGUUCUCGAGAGUUGUGAUGUUCUGAUGUCUGGUGUUACAUCAUCGGUUCUGUUUUUGUAAAGAAUUUUAGAUAAAAGCUAAAAAAAAAAAAGAAAGAAAGAAAACGAGAGUUUUUGAUCGAAAUCGUACAAACGUCAUGAUGCAUUUUGUGCCAAACGGAGAACUGUGUGGAGUUUGUUGGGUAUCUUCAGCAUGGUAUCCUGCACGUGCUGUGUGUGGACGCUGAUGUUCCUGCAGUAAAGUUCUACAUGUUUGACUUUUAUAACGAGUUUUAAUCUACACAUUUCUGUGUCUGGCUGCGGGUCAUGUUUCGUGUGCAAUUUGUACAACAGCCACAUGCAACAUUUACAAUUGAGGAUGAAACUCAGGAUGUUUUUCUUUCUGUUAUUCAGAAACUCUAUGAACCUUUUUACUUCUCUGUCCUCCUGCAUCAGACAUCCUGUUAAACCUGGUGGAGUUUUCAGGCCAUUUGUUUCCAGUCUGAAGUUAAAGCUGUGACCAAAAGUGCCACCGACACGUAUUUGGUGCUUUAUGACUAAAUUCCGUUACAGUAAAAUUCCCUUAAACCAAAUGAAAUGAUAUUAAACUAUGGAGUUUAAUUUAGAGUAUUAACCUUUAAUCAUCGGUCCAACUCAGAAGCACUUUAUGAGUCUCUGCUGAACUGUAGGCUUUUUUUGUCCUAGACAUUUACACUAUGUCCUAAACAGGCUGUUGUUCUUUGUUUAACCGGAAAAUAAAUUUUCUCAUCGUUUUCAUUAUGUGUUAAAUUAUGUGUUGACACUUUAAGUAUUAAAACCUAUAUUAAUGUAUGUUCUGUAUUUGUAUAUGAAUAAAACUUUUUGUCUUUGAACUGCA